GGAGGUACGAACCAAUAUGGCGUUCCGCGAUGAAGCAGGAAACACACUCGGUUUUCAGUGAAUUUCUACAUCUGAGAGUGUCGAUCGGAGCUUUUACGUCCGAGGACAAGUGAGAGACCUAUUCGGAGACUGAAGACAGAGCAGAUACUGUUACGAUAAAUGGAUGUGAGGAAGUCUGGAUCAGAUAUCCACAACAAUGGACCAGUCAGCUACCUCGAUGAUGUUCCCUUCAAACUCAAUGAGAAAUUCCGCUGUCCCUCGAAAGUGGGUCUUCCUAUUGGCUUCUACAUGCCAGACUGCAAUUCUAUGCUCUCUGAACUUCAAUAUGACUUCAGUCUAGAAAGGCGGAGCGUGCAAUGGGGGGAGGAGCUUGCCAAGGCGCGAGCUGCUGAGGAUCGAGCAGUAGAGGCGGCGAGGACAGAGUCUGAAAACGAGAGGCAUGCGGCUGCGCACGAUGCAGAUGUCGGACUGGUUGGAGGAAAGAAAGCACGGCCCUCUGAUGAACAGGAACUUGUCCCUGCAGCAUUGAACCCAGUUUUGGCUGGCCUAUGGCACAAUGCGAUCCUUACGCCACUCCCAGCACCUUCUUUUGGACCAACGCAACCAGCACCUAGUAUCCCGGCACCUCAGAGUCUAAACUUAGCUGACUUUGAGCGAGAAGAGGAUCCCUUUGACAAACUUGAGCUUAAAACACUGGACGACAAAGAGGAAUUGCGGAGUAUCCUUCAGAGCCAACCACAGUCAUCUGUUUCACCUUCUCAACUUACUCAAAUUGAACCUCACCCCCCCUCUCCAAGUAGUAUGUCUCCUAUCCAGGCCAAAGCCGGAAUCUUCCUUAAACCCAAUGGACUAGUUGGGGUUGGGGUUGUGGGGACCUCCAGGGAACAGAUCGAUGCGGAUCGCCCAUGUAACAUUCGCUCACUGAGUUUCCCCAAGCUAUCAGACCCUUGGGACUCACCCUCGGAAGCACCUCUUGGCAUUUAUCAAGCACAACCACCAUGGAGCAUGUCUAAUGGGACACCACCAUCCAUGCAGAGAACAGCACCACAUACAAAGACAACAUUCCCCCAAGAGCAACCUGCUUAUUCUCAAAAUGGGUCACUGAAACAGCAGUUAAAGUCUGUCACAGCUCCCAACCGUCUGCCCUCAACUACACCUUCUACCGCGAUCCUUCUCGGCCUCUCUGCUGGCGAACGACAGUGUGUGGAGACCAUUGUGGGCAUGGGCUAUUCUUAUGAGGGUGUUCUCAAAGCCAUGCAAAGAAAAGGACAGAAUGUGGAACAGGUGCUGGAAUACCUGUUUACCCACAGUCGACUGUGCAGUCGAGGCUUUGAUUCCACAGCUGUGGAAGAGUGUCUGGAAAUGUACCAGGGCUCAGAGGAAAAGGCUCUAGAGUUUCUGCAGUUAAUGUCCCGGUUUGGGGAAAUGGGUUUUGAAAGAGACACUAUUAAAGAGGUACUGUUGGUCCACAAUAACGACCAGGAUAAAGCGCUGGAGGACCUGAUGGCCCGAGCGACUGCGAGCUGAGCCCGAAGAGUGUCCCCUCGUAGAGCCACCCCUCCCUUGUCCCUCGGAGAGUGAGAGGUGAUAAGAAAAUGGCGAGAGGGAGGGCGUGGUUCUCUUAUCUCUGAGACAGGACAACCGAUUAUGUACCCUAAUAAAGAUAUACCUCUUGGGUUAGGGAUUGACUGCACUGCUCAAUGGUGUGUUGAUCCCUUCUCAGCUGUAUGUCUGCUAAGUGAUCUUAGAACGGUGGUCAGUGGGAGGAGCCUGAACACUCCUCUGAGAAUCAGGAUUGGCUGGAUUCUCUAUUGCAUUGGUGACAUGCUUGACUGGGUGAGCCCCUUGGAAACCCAGUUUAGCAGAAAAUGGACUUGGAGUGACACUCAAAGCUAUUGCGCUGCCAUCUCCUGCUGCUGGUCCCAGGCUUUCUAAACUGAAACCUGCACACGCACUCACACACAACACAUGGCGGAACAGAGAACCCACAAAAGUGCCCUCUCUCUUUUUUUUGUCUUUGCUUUUUGUUCGUUCAUAGGUUGUUUAUAUGUUUGGCAAGCAGAAAAACCUUAUCUUACAUUAUUUUGUCCUUUUAGAGAUUGUGUUUCUUUGCCCUAUGAUUAGGAACUACAUUAACCAAACUAAUAACCAUUAUUUAAGUUUGGAGGAAAAAAAAAAAAAAGAACGAUUGCUGUAAACUUUUGCCUAGUUGGCUUUUGCACUGGAAUGAAGAAUUGGCCAGAGAAUUUGGCAAGAUUGACUGGAAACGCAAUAAUUAAAGGCAUAGCUCACUCAAGAAUGAAAAUUCUCUCGUCAUUUACUCACCCUCAUGCCAUCCCAGAUGUGUGUGACUUGCUUUGUUCUGCAGACAACAAAUUUAGAUUUUUAGAAGAUUAUUUCAGCUCUGUAGGUCCAUACAAUGCAAGUCAAUGGUGACCAGAACUUUGAAACCUCAAUAAUCAGAAAGCCAACAUAAAAGUAAUCCUUAAGUUUAAUCCAUGUCAUCAGAAGUGCUAGGAUAGUUUUGGGUGAGAAACAGACAAAUAGUUAAGUAGUUUUUUGCUCUAAAUCUCCACUUUCACAUUUUUCCCUCUUGUUUUUGGCUAUUGAAUUCUUUGUGCAUAUCACCACCUACUGGUCGGACUGGUCAAAGGGGGAGAUUUAGAGGUUUCUCACCCACACCUAUCAUAUCAAUUCAGAAGAUAUGUUUAACCACUGGAGUGUAUGAAUUAAUUAAAUGCUGCCUUUAUGUGAAUUUAUGAGAUUCAAAGUUCUGGCCAACAUUCACUUGCAUUGUGUGGACCAACAGAGCUAAAAUAUUCUUCUGAAAAUCUUCAUUUGUGUUCUGUAGAAGUAAGUCAAGCACAUUUGAGAUGGCAUGAGGAUGAGAAGAUGAGAGAAUGUUCAUCUUUGGGUGAACUAACACUUUAAACAAUGCCACCAUAUUUUCAAACCAAUUGACAUGCAAAUACUGCACAGACACACUGAAUCACAGAUGUUUAUAUAACAUAUUUAAAGAUCUGUGAAGAUACUGUUGGUGUCCAUCUAUAAUACAAAUUUAGAAAAGUAUCAGACAUUAAUGUGAUUAACACAUCGAUAUGGGACUAACACUGCAAUUAUUUUAAAAAGCACUAGAAAACUGCAUGUAUAGAUGGAGGUACCAGAACGUUGUACAAUAGAUCGGACCUGCAGUCAAGAUUGUGAAUGUUGGUUUUAGAGCCUUGGUCACCACAGGAAACCUGUAUGGCUUUUCGAAUAUCUCCAUAUUACCUCACAUGGAAUUGGCAAAUUUACUUAAUUUCCUCUUUAGACAUGGGAAGACAGGCAGAUCUGUGCAAUAUGGGAAUUGUUCUGACAAGUAGAAUUAUUUAAUCAACCAUAUCUGACUCCAGUAGAACUUUUCAGCUGUUUCAAAUAUAGGUUCUGUUUCUAACUCCAUGUUUUUAUGAUACUGACUUUUGACUUCUGGAAAUCAAAGGACGAACCUCAUGAAGAAAUUGCUAGGUCAUAUUUCACUUCAAAAUCGACAGACGUUUUUUUUUUUUUUUUUUUGCCAAGAUAAUAAAUAAAGCCUAUUUUAGGACCAUUAAGAUAUAGAUUUUGCAUUUUGACAAUCCCCUUCCUAAAUUCUCUCUACUGUAAGUCGUGUUCUUUUGGCUGCUCCUAUUAGCGAUGUGAUCCGCAUAUCUGACUUGUCACAGGUUUUAUGCUGGAUAAAUUCUCUCUACUGUAAUACAAUAUUGAAAAUCAUCCUGUUUGGACACUUAUUGCUUUUUAAUUGAAAAUCAAAUAACUAUGGUACAACAAAUGAUACUAUGAUGUAUAUAUAUAUAUAUAUAUAUAUAUAUAAUACAUCAUAAUUUGUUCUUAUUGUAGUAAGGAGUAAUAACCAUUCAUUAGUUUUUCAUUUCAUGUUUGGUGUGAAAGGGCUUUAAUUAUCAUGGAAAUAAUGAAAAAAAGAAUUGCAUGGUACUAUCGUACUGUUUGGUCCUAAAAAAUAGCCAUCAAUUUAUUUUCUGAAGUGAUUUUGAAGUGAAAAGUGACUAAUGUUUGUCAAUGUUUUGUGAUAUUCACUCCAAAAAUGAUGUGGAUGUUUCAUGUGCCAGAGACGCUUAUUUGAAUCUUAUUUGUCUUUUAAGCUGGAAAACUGACAACCGGUCUAAAUAUAAAUCUUUCUACUCUUUAUGCGUGAGAAGCUUAAGACAGUCCUGAGAAACGUGGGUGGGUGAAUGUUGGUAGAGUUAAACCUGUAUUAAGCACUUGUCUCUGAGGUGGGGUAAAUUCUGAAAAGAACCAGGUGUGUUUCAAUAAAUGUGCUAUCCCUAGGGUCCGAUCUAUAUUGGAUAGCCCGUCUGGCCCUUCAUGAAUAAAUGUGCUGCAUUCUUAAGCAGUCAAAUGUG